GUACCACAGACUUGGUAAAUAGGGAGGGUAAGAUCACAUGACCCCACAGAGUUGCAAAAAAAAGUUGUAAUUUCGGCUUGUUAUUUUUGUCCCGGUUCUGAUAUUAUGUGAUUCCCCUGCGAAUAGUGCGAAUAGCUAGAUCCUGGUCUAUAUAUAAUCAUCCAUAAUGAAGGGCUAGAUUGAAGAUUAUUUUAUUAUAUUAUAUUGUAUAUUGUAAUAUAGAGUGUUGAUGAAGCAUGGAAAGGUUUAUAAUAAGAACUAAGAAAACUAAAGGUAACGAUGAAGUACCAGACACCAAUAAAAGUCCACAACCAUCCAGAUCUGACCUUGAUAUAUCAUCAUUUACACGGGAUAGAGACUUGGAUCCAUAUGAAAAUCCACAACCCAGUACGUCAUCGUCAUCCUGCCAUGAUAUUCGCCUUAUAUCUACUUCAAGCUUAGAGACUGCUGCUGAUGAGAGUGAUGAGGCUUCACGACAUGAAGAUGAGCCACAAAAGAAGAAAAGGUAUAAUCAAAAAUUUAACACGAACUGGCAAAACCAAUAUAAUUGGAUAAAAGAGGGAAAUGACGGAAAACCAUUAUGCGUGGCAUGCAAUAUACAAAUAUAUUGUAAUAAAUAUAAUCUAAAGAGGCAUGGCGCAUCUACAUCUCAUCAGAAAAAUAUUAAUAAAAUGAAAAACACUCCUAAAAUUACACAAAUUAUUUCAAGUGAAAAACACGACAGGCAUAACACAUUAGUAAAAACUGCAGAAUUGAGUAUUCCUAAUGCUGUUCGUUUAGGUACCUACCUAUUUAAUAUUGUAGUUUUCUUAAUAAUAUUUAAGAUUUUAGUUUAAAAAUGUACCUAUUGUUUUUUAUAUAUUAAUACCUAGUAUUAUGCAUUUAAUGUUAUUGAUGUUUUUGUAUUUGUUUUGUUUUCGUUGUGUUUAAAAGUUUUUUAUUAUAAAUAUAUAUUAUUAAAAUCUUAUAGUGUCAUAUAAAUUACGAAUUACCCAGCGCACGAAUUGCACAAUUCCAUCUUCUUGUGUCUUCGGAACUCGGAACGACGACGAUUUUUUUGCAUCAUUAUUGCAUCAUAUAAAUCAGCGCCAUCUAGUAAACAUAAUAAUCACACCAAAAAAAAUUAUUUUGGUCAUGAUUGUAGUCAUGAUCAUAGGUGGCGCAACAGAUUUCUGUAAGUCAAACUCCUAAAAUGUUUAGUUUUAUAAUAACGAAAAAUUUACUCAUAUCUGAAAUGAAAAAUGUUGAAAAUAUUUAAUGUUAUUCAGGUUAUUCUAUGAAUAAAAGAGGUUAUUCUAUCCUAAAUUUAAUCUACCCCAUAAUCUACCCCUCAUCUACCUAAUUCUACCUCCCUCUUUCUCGGCAAUCUACCCCGAAAAAAAAAGUGCUUGUGGCA